GCGGCCCGGAAAGGCCCGAGUAGGAGCCGCCGCCGCCAUUUUCCCGCGGUCUCAGUGUGGCGGCGGCGGCCCGUCCCGUCCCGUCCCGUCCCGCUCGCACCAUGUCCGGGCAGAGCCUGACGGACCGCAUCACGGCGGCGCAGCACAGCGUGACCGGCUCGGCCGUCUCCAAGACCGUCUGCAAGGCCACGACCCACGAGGUCAUGGGACCCAAGAAGAAGCACCUGGACUACUUAAUCCAGUGCACAAAUGAGAUGAACGUGAAUAUUCCACAGCUGGCAGACAGCUUGUUUGAAAGAACUACAAACAGUAGCUGGGUGGUAGUCUUCAAGUCUCUCAUCACAACUCAUCAUUUAAUGGUGUACGGAAAUGAGCGUUUUAUCCAGUAUCUGGCUUCCAGAAACACGUUGUUUAACUUGAGCAAUUUCCUAGACAAAAGUGGGUUGCAAGGAUAUGACAUGUCCACAUUUAUCAGAAGGUAUAGUAGGUAUCUGAAUGAAAAAGCAGUUUCUUACAGACAAGUGGCUUUUGAUUUUACAAAAGUAAAAAGAGGGGCUGAUGGAGUCAUGAGAACAAUGAACACAGAGAAACUUCUCAAAACUGUACCAAUUAUACAAAAUCAGAUGGAUGCACUCCUUGAUUUCAAUGUCAAUAGCAAUGAGCUUACGAAUGGUGUAAUUAAUGCUGCCUUCAUGCUUCUCUUCAAAGAUGCCAUCAGACUCUUUGCAGCAUAUAAUGAAGGAAUUAUUAACCUGCUGGAAAAAUACUUUGACAUGAAAAAGAACCAGUGCAAAGAAGGUCUUGACAUUUACAAGAAGUUUCUCACUAGAAUGACAAGGAUUUCAGAGUUCCUCAAAGUUGCAGAGCAAGUUGGAAUUGACAGAGGAGACAUUCCAGAUCUUUCUCAGGCACCAAGCAGUCUUCUUGAUGCUUUGGAACAACAUUUAGCCUCUUUGGAUGGGAAGAAAAUCAAAGACUCCACAGCUGCAAGCAGGGCUACUACCCUUUCCAAUGCAGUCUCUUCCCUUGCAAGUACUGGCCUGUCUCUCACUAAAGUAGAUGAAAGGGAAAAGCAAGCUGCAUUAGAGGAAGAACAGGCUCGUUUAAAAGCUUUAAAGGAACAACGUCUAAAAGAACUUGCAAAGAAACCUCAUACCUCUUUAACGACAGCAGCUUCUCCUGUAUCAACUGCAGCAGGAAGCUUAAUGACUACACCAGCCAUUGAUAUUUUUUCUACCCCCAGUUCUUCAAACAGCACAUCGAAGCUGCCAAAUGAUCUGCUUGAUAUGCAGCCAACUUUUCAUCCACCUGUACAUCCUAUAUCCACUGUGCCACAAGUAGGAGGUACAUGGGGAGAUCCUUUCUCUGCUACUAUUGAUGCUGUUGAUGAUGCCAUUCCCAGCCUAAAUCCUUUCCUCACAAAAACUAACGAUGCUAUUCAUCUCUCUGUUGUAUCUUCUGACGUACCUACUUUCACGACUAGGACACCCACACAUGAAAUGUUUGUUGGGUUCACUCCAUCUCCUGUUGCUCAGCCACAGCCAUCAGCUGGCCUUAAUGUUGACUUUGAGUCUGUAUUUGGAAACAAAUCUUCUAAUGUUAUAGUAGAUUCUGGUGGCUUUGAUGAAUUAGGCGGACUCCUAAAACCAACAGUGGCCUCUCAAAACCAGUGUCUUCCAGUUGCCAAAGUACCACCUAACAAGUUGGUGUCAGAUGAUCUGGAUUCAUCUUUAGCCAACCUUGUAGGCAAUUUGGGUAUUGGAAAUGGGACUACUAAAAAUGAUGUAAAUUGGACUCAGCCAGGUGAAAAGAAAUUAACUGGCGGUUCCAACUGGCAACCCAAAAUUGCACCUACAACUGCAUGGAAUGCCCCAACUUUGAAUGGCAUGCAUUUUCCACAAUACGCACCACCUGUAAUGGCCUAUCCUGCUACAACACCAACAGGAAUGAUGGCAUAUGGAAUGCCCUCACAAGUGGGAGGUGUACCGGUAAUGACACAACCAACCUUGAUAUACAGCCAGCCUGUUAUGAGACCAGCAAACCCUUUUGGCCCUGUCCCAGGAGCACAGCUGUCUGCAGCAUCCAGUCCUUCCAGUCAGAGUCCUCACAGAGCCUCAGGAAAGGACCCCUUUGCAGAGCUCUCUCUCCAGGAUUUCUUGUAGAACAACUUAGAUACAGUUCAUGUAACUGUGGCAGAUGGAAGAGAAAGGAACAGUUCCAAAAAAUGUGCUCAACAGCAAACCCAACUUCCAGCAAAAUCCAAACUUCAGUCUUUCCAAUUUCCAACUCUCCUUUUUCCAUCAAGUGAUGCAGUAAACUGAUGAAGGUCUAUAAAGGAAACCGGGACAUCUCUGUAGGAAAGCAUCAAUACACAGUAUAAAGCCAAGAAUUGCCAUGAUUUAAGACUUAAGAUUUGUUUGUUUUUUCCCCUGGUGACUAACGCGUCAGUACUCUUCAGCUUCUAUUAAUAUCCAUAAUCAGUACCUUACAAGAGAAGCCUUUAUUCUGAUAUUAUGGUUUGUAUUUGGAAAUGCUGUCUGGAAUGGAGAAUGAGUGUCCUUUACCGAAACUGAAACAGACUUUUUUGGGGGGGGAUCAAAUCCUAACUCAGUUCUACAGUUACCUUCGCUUCAGUCUUCACACAUGUAGACCCAGUAACAAAAAUUUAAUUCUUCUUUAAAAAAAAAAAAAAAAAAAUUAUAUAUUCAGUUUGCAGUAGACAUUCCUUUAUGUAUUAUUGUUUGUAUUUAUUUAUGAUUAUCAAUUUAACAUUAAUAUUGUAUCAAAAAACCUCCUUAUGAAAAUGAGUAUGGAUGUAUACAGGAUGUCUGAUUUUUAUCCACAAAGAAUGAUUCCGAUUCAGAAUGCUUUUGAGCUGACAUACAGAGCACUAAAUAUUUUAAAGGUCUGAAUCUUAUGAAUUCUCAGUCUGUAUGGGAAUUAGGGAAGAGUUAUAAAAUGCAUUAAUCCUUAUAGUCAAUUCUGUGCCUAGGAUUUUGCAAGGGAACAGUUAACUGACUAGAAGCACUACAUUUUUAAUUCAGCAUUAGUGCAUUGGGAAAGGAACUUUAUUGCUUUGUGCUUGGCAUGUCAUUAUUUUUACAUCUGACAUUAUAAAGCCUUUCCAAUAUGAAUGUGAGGAAUUGCUUUCACUUCAGGACUUUUCUGUAAAAACUUUAGGAGGUAUUAUGUGGGGAGAGAACCUUGAAUUUCAUUUGGCUAGUGCCAUGUUUAUGAUCAUGAACCUUUAAAAAUUAUGAAAGGUAGCAUCCUUACAAAUGUCUACAAAGAAAUUGGUUCAUAAAGAAUUGAAGUAGCACUGUUGAUCGGUGCUUUGUUGUAAAUACGCCAUCACUUUUGGGUGGAGUUAGGGGCCUUCAGAAGGAGAGUCGACAAUAUGAAAGCAAUUCUGUACAUGAAUUAAGCAUACUUGCUGCAUUGUCUCUGCAGAUUCUAUUUUUGUUUAAAAUAUUAAAAUGUAUGUUAGCAAAAAUGGGUGGAUUUUCAAAUAAAAUGCAGCUUCCACAGAAAUUUUGUUACGGUAUGAAGGUCUGAGGUGCUUCUUUUUUCUUUUGGUGCUUAAAAUGUGCAAAUUGCUUUGUUUACCUAAUAAAAUGCUAGAUUGGGGUGGGGGAAAAUACAGCCCAGGGACCAGAUCCAGCCUCCCAGGCAACUUCAUUUGGCCCACAGGUGCCCACCAGUUAUGCCCUGCCCAGCCCACAUGCCUUGCUCCCACCCUUGUGGGCAGAAGGGCCCAGCCCAGGCAGUGCACAGCUUCUGGGCAGGGCUGCUGCUGUCACUGCUGUAGCUGCUGAGCUUCCCUGGCCUCCAGCAACACCAUCUCCCUGCUGCAGCACUCACUCCAGGCAGCAGGUAGGGAAAUGGAGGGUGCAGCUGGGCAGGGAAUGUGGGGCUGGGGCCUGCAGGAACACAGCCCACACCCAGGGUGGGGCAGCAGGAGUGCAGAGCUUGGGUGGACGGGGGUGUGAGGACCUUACCUGCACAUACCCCUUCCUGUAAACAGUGGACCCUCCGGUACUCAUGGCCUGCACAGAUGCUGCAGCCAAAUGGCACGUGGCUUCAGCCAGAGCUGCAUGUGGUGGCAAGGAGUGCAGCCAGGCUAGCCUACCUCUAUUGCUUGGGGCUCCCCAUGGCAUGUGUAGCUCCUGGUGCUCGCACACCACAGGGGGGCCACAGUGGAGCCGGUUGCCCUCCCAGCCACCAUGUGCUGGUCCCGGGGCUUCACCGGGAACCAGGGGUUGGGCAGGGCAGGCAACUAGCUCCUUUACACAGGGCUUCCCCCUGGUUGUGCACGAGUGCCAGGAGCUGCAUGUGCACUUGGGGAGCCCUGUGCAAUAAAGGUGGUCUAGCCUGGCUGUGUUCUUUUUGCCAUGUGCAGCUUUGGCUGGAGCUGGGUGGCAGCACCUGUGUGGGCCAUGAGUGCCCCGAGGGCCUGCUGCUGCCUGCAGCAGGGACUGUGCGCCAUGGAGGGGGUGGAGUGUGUGGGUGGGGGUCCCCACCCCCUGCUCUCCCUUACACCACACCCAUAUAUACAUACACACCAAACAUACCCCAUACCUCCCGCACACCCACCCCAACCACACCCCACACAAUAUACAAGAGUAACACUUUAUUUUUGAGUUGCUAUGCAAUCACUUCUGUAUACACUACUCAAACACUAAUCAUGAUGAAAAUAUAUUUUGUAAUAAAAUUGUUAUAGUAGA